AUGUUCUAUAAAUUUAUCAAUAACCAGAAAGUGUACACAUUAAAAGAAGAAGGAUCUGAAUCUGCACAUCCAGCAAAAUUUUCACCAGUAGACCAGUAUUCUAAAUAUAGAGUAUUAAUAAAAGAAAGAUUUAACAUUAGACCGUUUAAUAAAACUGAAUAA